AUGGUGGACGAUGGAUUCGAUGGAGAGAUUCAGCUAUUCAAUCCUGUUUCUAAACGUGGAAUUCAACUUCCUUCUCUUUCCACAAUAUUCUUAUCAUCUUAUCCUGAUCAUGAUCCUCAUCAACUCACAAGCGGUUGUUUCGAGCCUCGUUUCAUCUAUAAGUCAGUUCUAUCUUCAGACCCUCGAAUGACAAAAGACUAUGUUGUGGUGGCCAUUGUUACCGAUAAGAAAAAAUUGGUCUAUUACAAAGCAGGAGGAGGAAGACCAUAUAGCUAUAGGUGGAUUAGUAUGGCAACACAAUGGGAUUGUUUUCAAGAUGUUAUAUAUCACAAGGGGAAAUUCUAUGCCGUUAGUAGUAAUGGACCUGUAAUAACUUUCGAGUUUAGUAGUUCUGAAUUUCCAAUCAUUACAGAGAUCAUUCCUAGGCCACGAGGAAAAGGAAGAAGAUGCGAUCGUUAUUAUUUGGUGGAAUUACUAGGUGAACUAUUGUUAGUUUUAUGUCACUUCAGGUGGCUUCUUGAGGAAGUACUUGAUGAUAACGAUAAUGAUGACCAUGACAUCUUCGUCACCUUUGACACUGGGCGGACAGAAGAUGGAUUUAAAAAUUACAAGUUUGAUGUUUUCAAAUUGGAUGAGAGCAAGAGGGAGUGGAUACAAAUGAAGAGUAUUGGUGAUAACAUUUUGAUUUUGGGAAAUUGCUACUCAGUGUCACUGCCUGCCCAUUACUAUCAAGGUGACAAGGGAAAUUCCAUCCGUAUUAAGGAAGACCUCACUGCUGUUAUUCAAAUUAAGUCUCCUUCUAGUUGGACUAUUCCUACAUUUCGUGUGUUUACACCUAAAACAAUGGUAGAUUUGAAAUAUUUAUCUCAAUAA